UAAUCAACCUAACCUAAUUGUUUGAAAUGUCAAACGCACUACUAUUUUGAAUUCUGAAAAAAAACUAAUUUUUAUAACAAUAAGAUGACAAACUACGUGAAAUACACCGAUUUAAUUAAAGUAGGAACGGAAUACGCCCGAAGAAUGAACAGGUUAAGUAACCGUAUAUUCGGAGAACCUGUGCAGGCCAUCAAUUCAAAAUCCUUGAAGGUGAUCAAAAUCCUAAGUGAACAACCGGUUAAUUUACGUAAAGAAAUACACGCUUACUAUCCACGGCACAUCGAAACUGGGAAGCUAAUGAUGAAGUUGAGGUACUAUGGGUUGUACAGAGAUGAACAUCAGGAUUUUAAGGACGAAAUGGAAAGGAUGAGAGCACUAAGGGGCAAAGCGAAACCGAAAAGGCAACCCAGGUCCAAACAGAAUGAAGAGCCUUCAUAAAGCUAGCACUGUACGAAAUAGAAUAAAUGUUUAGUAGAUAAAAUAAAAUAAAUGUCCUUAAUAGAG